AACUAUCAGUCAGUUGCAUAAAUCUACUUGAAUAACCAGUCUAGCAGUGGCAGACUAGUCACCACAUCUUCAGAAAGUAGUGGAGAGGGAGGCCACACACCGUAAAUAAGCUAUCUCUCCAUCCCAUCUUUUAUCAUCCCUACAGUUCAAGAUGGUGCGGUCUGUCAGAGAAGAAUGUAAUCAGCUGAGCACCAUACAAGACCUGAAGGACUCUGGCUUCGGCCGUCCUCCCCCCCGACACGGCCUCAAGCUCCUCUUCUGGUUCGCCAACGAGUGCGUGGCGUUCAAUCACCACGGCAACAUGCUGGUAAAGUGCCACCCUGAGAGAGGCGACUUCGGCUUCCACUACUUUGGCAACUUCGAGGAGAUUCUCCCAGUUCUAUCGCGAGACCGCAGGGAAAGCUACUUCGAGGUGGGAAACCUGAACACAGAGACCUAUUCCAAAGCCGAGGACCUACCGGACUACGUGAGCCAGGACUACGGGCUUUCCCUGGGCUACCGCCUAUGCAACAAGGACCGCAUCAUCAUCAGGCUGAAGCAGGGGGAUGUGAAGGCCACCUAUGUCACCGAGCACAAGGAGAACGGCGGCCGGGGGAGUUUGACUCCGAACGCACCCACCUUGUAAAUCCGGAUUUGAUCCGCAUCAUCCAGGAUCCUGAGCUGGAGCUAGCGACAUUCCUGGACCAGACGGGCUACAUGGGACUGUCUCUGAGAGAGCGCCUCCUCAGAGCUUUCAAG